AUGGUUUUGGACAAGCUUCUAAUAAUUCGAAUUGUGUCACAAUUAAAGGUAAAAUUGAAGAAUAACGUUGAAAUAAUCCCAGCAUUUAUUAAAGGCACUAUUAUUAAAUCUUUGACAACAAUUUUUGGAGAAAUAGGAGGACAAAUUGAAUUGGAUCUUUUAUCAUUUAAAGAUAAUAAAGGAAUUUUACGAGUAACACAAUCAUCUGAUCAGUUGAUACCAUUAUCUUAUUGUUUUAUUCAAAAAUAA